ACUUCGACUUUAAGACAGUAGCCCUAGUAUUAUAAAUAGCUAAAGCUGGAGACAUCAACUCCAUAUCAAUCUUCGCCUCAGUCAUCUUCGAAGAUGGACUCAAGUUCGUUUCCUAAUCAAGAUACAAACGUGGAUGCUAAUAACAUGGAGAGUCCGGCAAGUGUCAACAAAGGCAAACGAAAAGGGAAUACUAAUACAAAUGAAGCUACCUCCAAGCCACCACCAAAGGUGCAGAAGAAAAAUACAGAAAUACCAACGGGUUCAAGGUCUCCUGUGUGGGAGCACUUCACAAAAACUGAGAAAGAUAUAAAAAAGUGUGACUGUAACUACUGUGGAAAGCGUAUGAGUUGUCUUGCAACUUUUGGGACUUCAAAUUUGCAUACACAUCUGGGUACUUGCAAAGAAUACAAGGCAUGGAAUGAAAAGGAGCAACAGAAUUUAGAUCAAGAUGGUGGCAGUGGUAAUCUGACAUUGGGGAAGGUUUCUAAAGAGGUGUACAGGGAGGCUACAAAUGAGAUGUUGGUAUUGGCUCAAUUACCUCUAUCCUUUGUUGAGUGUAUUGCUUGGAGACAUUUCUGUAGGAAGUGCAAACUCUACGAGCCUCAUUCUCGCAGAACAGCUACUAGGGACAUCGUGGAGUUUUUUGUUAAGAAGAGAGAAGCUUUGAAGAAGAUGUUUAAGUCUACUAAGCAGAGGGUGUCUCUUACAACAGACAUUUGGACAGCUAACGUCACAGGUGCAAGUUAUAUGGUCAUUACCGCGCAUUUCAUUGAUUCAAACUAGAAUCUAAGGAAAUUUAUUAUUGGUUUUAAGAAUGUUUGUGAUCACAAAGGAGCAACGAUAUCAGCUGUUCUUCUGGAGUGUUUGGCUGAAUGGGGCAUAGAGAGGAUCUUCACCAUCACAGUUGACAAUGCCACAGCCAAUACUUCAGCACUCACGAAGUUUAAAGAAGUAUUCAAGUUACUGGGAAAUGACUCGUUGGUGUUAGGUGGAAGGUUUAUGCACAUGCGGUGUGCUGCUCACAUUCUAAAUCUGAUAGUUAAAGAAGGGUUAGAGGAGGUGGAGGCUAGUGUGACUGCUGUCCGUAAUGGGAUCCAAUAUGUGAGGUCUAAUACUCAGAGAAGGAAUUCAUUUGAGUUGCGUGUUGAAAAUGGUAGGAUGACUAGAGGAAGCUUGCCUUUGGAUGUAAAGACUAAGUGGAAUUCAACGUAUCUAAUGCUAACUAGAGCUAUCAAGUAUAGGUUAGCAUUUGAUAAGAUGGAAGCUGAAGAUAAACUCUACAAUGACUACUUUCUUGAGGUUGACAAAGAUGGGGAAGAAAGGGUUGGACCACCUACUUCAGUUGAUUGGGAGAACAUUGAAAGACUAGUAAGCUUCCUGAUUAUCUUUUACAACUCUACACUUGAAGUUUCUGCAUCUACUAAAGUUUGUGCUCACAAGUGCUAUGAUGAGAUUGUUAUAGUCGAGAUGAAUCUCUCUGAAUUGUGUAUGAGUAAUGAUGCCGACGUACGUGACAAAGCCUAUGAAAUGAGAGAGAAGUUUGACAAAUAUUGGGAUGGUUUGAAGACUAUUAAUAAGCUUCUGAUUGUUGCUAGUGUAUUUGAUCCUAGGAACAAAAUGCAGUUUGCAAAUCUUUGUUUUGUAGAGCU